AUCCCGCCCUUGAGUAUAAGAGCCCCCCCCCCAGCUCCCUCGUCCUCUCCCCUCGCGUCCACCCCGUCGCACUUUUUUUAACAGUCGACCCCACCCCCUUGCAUGUUCUCGAACCAGCUCGGGAGCGUACACAACCCCCACAGAGGAUCGAAGCACACCGCCGCUCCUCCGCUCUUAUCCCAGUGAUUUCACCUUGCUCCUCGUCUUUACCAAUCUACCUACCCUACACGCAAACCCCCCCCUCCUACCCAACCAUGGCACCCAACACCUCCCCCUCCUCUGGAAACGCGACUCCCGACCCCUCCGUUUUCGAGGCCCCCUUGAACCUCCCUGUUCACCCAACCGCCGCCCGCCGCCCCGCGGACCUCAUCUCCGUUCAGAGCCAGGCUACCGUCUACUCUCGCGAGUUCAUCACCUCCAAGUUUGAGAACCGCGGUGCCGACGUCGUCGUCCAGCAGGAUGGCCGCUACGUCAUCCAGCCCACCGUCAAGCCCUUCGAGUUUAGGACCCAGCGCAAGGUCCCCAAGACUGGCCUGAUGCUCGUCGGUAUGGGCGGCAACAACGGCACGACCCUCAUCGCCACCAUCCUCGCGAACCGUCACAACAUCGCCUGGCACAACAAGUCCACCGUCCAGCAGCCCAAUUACAUCGGCUCCCUCCUCCGCGCCAGCACCGUUCGUCUCGGGCUCGACGCCACCACCGGCAAAGACGUCCACGCCCCCCUGUGCGAGCUGCUGCCCAUGGUCCACCCCAACGACCUCGUCGUCGGCGGCUGGGACAUCUCCGGCGCGCGCCUCGACAAGGCCAUGUCCCGCGCCGCCGUCCUCGAGUGGGAUCUCCAGCGCCAGGUCGCCCCGUACAUGAAGGACAUGGGCGCCCCGCUCCCAUCCAUCUACUACCCGGACUACAUCGCCGCCAACCAGGCCGAGCGCGCGGACAACGUCCUACCGGGCGAGGACAAGCAGGCCCACCUCGAGCACGUCCGCAGUGACAUCCGCGAGUUCAAGGCCAAGCACGAGCUCGACCAGGUCAUCGUCUUCUGGACCGCGAACACGGAGCGCUACAGCGACAUCGUCCCCGGCGUGAACGACUCGGCAGACGCGAUGCUCGCCGCGAUCAAGUCCUCCCACGCGGAGGUCGCCCCGAGCACCGUCUUCGCCGUCGCCUCCAUCCUCGAGGGCGUCCCCUUCAUCAACGGCGCGCCGCAGAACACCUUCGUCCCCGGUGUCAUCGCGCUCGCGGAGAAGCACGGCUCGUUCAUCGGCGGCGACGACCUGAAGAGCGGGCAGACGAAGCUGAAGAGCGUGCUGGCCGAGUUCCUCGUGAACGCGGGCAUCAAGCCGCUCAGCAUCGCGAGCUACAACCACCUCGGGAACAACGACGGGUGGAACUUGAGCUCGGACAGGCAGUUCAAGAGCAAGGAGAUCAGCAAGAGCAGCGUCGUGGACGACAUGGUCGCCGCGAACAACUUGCUCUACAAGUCUGCUGCGGAGAUGGCCGCCGAGGGCGGUGCUGUAGGGAAAGACGGGAAGCCCGUCAAGGGCGAGCACCCCGACCACGUCGUCGUCAUCAAGUACGUGCCCGCCGUUGGCGACUCGAAGCGGGCGAUCGACGAGUACUACUCUGAGAUCAUGGGCGGCGGCCGCUCGACGAUCAACAUCUUCAACGAGUGCGAGGACUCGCUGCUCGCGACGCCGCUCAUCCUCGACCUGACGAUCCUCGCCGAGCUGCUCACGCGCAUCUCGUACCGCGACGUGUCGGCCGGCGCACCGGACUUCAAGCCGCUGUACCCCGUGCUGAGCCUGCUCUCGUACAUGCUCAAGGCGCCGCUCGUGAAGCCUGGCACGGACGUUGUCAACUCGCUCUCGCGCCAGCGCAACGCGCUCGAGACGUUCCUCAAGGCGUGCAUCGGGCUGGAGGGCAGCAGCGACCUCCUGCUCGAGACGCGGAUCUGGUGA